UGUUGCCUGUCCCGCUGAGUUACUCCAGCUUUUUGUUGUCUAAUAUCUUGGCAUCGUGCUGUCUGUCCAAGCGUACAACGGCUGAGUGUGUUCCAGACUACACUGUGGUCUGUGUUGUCCAAGGCUGACCCGCAAACAAUGGAAACAAAGAGCCAUUGAUUCCAUCGUUCCUGCCCCUGCCGGCUUCACCCGCGACACGACGUUCCUGCACCAGCCCCUUGUUCCUUGACUCCCACAACAUCUAGAAACCCAAGUGUGAAGUGGGGGGGGGGGGGGGGGCGAGGUGAGCUGGGGAUUAGCGGGAGUGUUCACCGCAGGGAACACGGUGUGGAAGUACACAAGCCAGGCCUCUCUCGCUCUCGCUCUCUCUCUGGGAGAGAGGGAGAGUGUAGAGGGAACGUUGAGGGAGUUUCGAGGAGCGCCGCGCUGCCGGAGAGAGAGCACACACACAUACCGUGGGACAGAGGGAGCAACGCACCACAGGAGUGGCGGGAACGCCGGCACUGUCAGAGAGGGAGCGCCAGACGAUCGGAGGGGGAGCGCCGUGAUGCCGGAGAGCGAGUGGCCACGGAGAAUCAUGCUGUUGGGAGAGGGAACGCCGCCAUUGAGAGCACGGCAGAACAUCGAAACUUCGGAAAAAGCAAAUUCCCUAAAUAACUGCACUCGACAAAGGCUUCGGAGGCGUCAGAGUUUCUUCUGCUGAGUCGAGAGAGGUUCGGGUUCCUGACAAUUCCCGACAACAGAUUAUUUUUUACUGUGAGCUAAAUCGAGCGCGUGAGGUGAAACAGCCGAACUGGAUUUGCAGAGGAGUCGUGCACGUUCUCUUGGGAGUUCCCCGAAUCCCGUCAUCUGUGUGUCUUGGACGUUGGACAGGAGGUGAUGUCUUCCUGCCCGCUGGCAAAGUCCCUGCAGAUCAUCCACGUGAGCAAGGAUGAUCACACCUUCUCGCUCAACGUCAAGGCGCUCGAGAGCAUCCUGCUGAGCCCGUCCGUCCGCGACCUCAACGUGAUGGUGCUGUCCGUGGCCGGAGCCUUUCGCAAAGGCAAAUCCUUCCUCCUGGACUUCCUCCUGCGCUACCUGUACAAGCAGAAAAUGGGCAACACGUCAAACUGGCUGGGCCGGGAUGACAAGCCUCUGACUGGCUUCUCCUGGAGGGGGGGCUCGGACCCCGACACCAACGGGAUACAGAUGUGGACCGAGGUCUUCGUCGUCCAGAAGCCCAGCGGUAACCGGGUUGCCGUGUUGCUGCUGGACACACAGGGGGCCUUUGACAGCCAAUCGACAGUGAAGGACUGCGCCACCAUAUUUGCCCUCAGCACCAUGACCAGCUCAGUCCAGGUCUACAAUAUAACCAACAACAUACAGGAAGAUGACCUGCAACAUCUACAGCUCUUCACCGAGUACGGGCGGCUGGCUAUGGAUGAAACCUCGAUCAAACCCUUCCAGACACUGCUGUUCCUGGUGAGGGACUGGAGCUUCCCCUAUGAGUUUCCUUACGGAUUGGAAGGAGGAAGUACCUUCCUGGAGAGGAGACUGCAGGUCAAGGCCCACCAACAUGAAGAGCUGCAGUUGGUACGGAAGCACAUCCGCUCCUGCUUCAGGAAGAUCCAGUGCUUUGUUAUGCCUCACCCAGGCCUGAAGGUGGCCACCAACCCCACCUUCGACGGCAAGCUGAAAGAUAUCGAAGAUGAUUUCAAGGUUCACCUCCAGGAGUUGGUGGGGCUGCUGCUCAAGCCAGAAAACCUGGUGGAGAAAGAAAUCGGUGGCUCGAAGGUCAGUUGCAAGAACCUGCUGGAGUAUUUCAAGGCAUACGUGAAGGUUUUCCAGGGGGAGGACUUGCCUCAUCCCAGGUCCAUACUGGAGGCCACGGCAGAAGCCAACAACCGCGCGGCGAUGUCAGCGGCAAAGGAUUAUUACCAACUGGUCAUGGAGGCGCUAUGCGGUGGGGACAAGGCGUACAUGAACCCCAACAAGCUGCGUGAGCGACACAUGGUUUACCGGGAGACCGCGCUGGAGAAGUUCCGCACCACCAAGAAGAUGGGCGGCGCGCUGCUGGCCCAGCGCUACGAGGUGCAGCUGCAGGCGGAGAUCGACGAGAUGCUGGAGAGCUACGUCAAGUUCAACCGCAGCAAGAACUUCUUCAGCCUGAUCCGCACCCCCGCCGCCAUGUUGCUGGUCAUCCUGGUCAUGCACGUGGUCUCCGGCUUUGUCGGCCUGCUGGGCCUCUCCUUCCUCACCACCAUCUUCAACUUUAUCACCGGCAUAGCCAUGCUCGUUCUCAUGAUCUGGUCCUACAUCAAGUACAGCGGGCAGGCAUCCUUGCUGGGCGAGGUCAUCGAUUCCGUCAGCGAAGCUCUCCUCGGAGGGGUUUCCAACGCCAUCAUCAACCGCUACUUCAGCACGCCGCCCGCUGCCCUGCUCACCGGAUUGGCCGCGGCUGCCCGGACUGCCCGCUAGCCGGCUCUGCCACGCUCACACCCACUCACUCACACUCACUCACUCACGCUCACUGUGCCUUCCGAACCAGACUCGCCCAACUGCCACAAGCCAGACGUGGAACCAAGACCACCCCCCCCGUCCCCGGGCCAGCUCCCCCCCCACAACCCCCACAAGAGAAGAGACCCCUCUUCUGUUGAACUAGGGAGGGGGCAAACCGAGAGGGGGGGGGGUUCAGAGAGAGGGGGGGCGGGGAAUAAAACCAAACUUGGACCACGGACAAAACCAAGGUUCUUUUGUCACACGAUGGUACAGUCAAAUAAACUCUAGUUUAGGUUAGAGAUACAGCGCGGAAACAGGCCCUUCGGCCCCACCGGGUCCGUGCCGGCCAGCGAU